AUGUUUGACAAGAGCGAUCACGAUUUAGAAGACGCCUGCGUGGAUUACGACGCCGAUCACGUCGACAAAGCCUUCGUCACCGCCAUCAACAAAGCCAAACCGAACAACACUCCGCUGACAUUGGACGUCCUCGAGCGCGCUAUGGAUGCCAUGGAAAAAGCCCAGGGCCGAUCAGAAGCCGGCGAUGGCCUCGUGCCGUAUGCAACCGUCCGUCAAACCCUCGCCCUCGUAGAGAUGGCCGGCGGACAUCCCGAGUCCACCCGCCGUGAACUUCAUUCGCACUGGCACAAACGCCGCACGGAGCGAGGGUUUCCUUUUUUGCGCCUCUACCAGCAGGCCCCGGACCCGAGCAAUAACGAUCCCGCAGUUGCCUUCCGACCGCGUGAUAAGGAUAAUUUGGCCGGUGCAGGCCGCCGCAUGAAUACCUACGACAACUUCCGUCGCGCUGUUAUUCUGCGAGACGAGCUUAAAACCCUCAUCAACGUCAUGGAUCGCAUCGUCGACCGCGAGACCCAAAAGGCUCAGCUGCUUGGCCUGCGCCUGCUCCAGCAGCGUGUCGCUUUGACGUCUGCAGGGGGCCCGCGCAUCGAAUCAGUCAACCGCGCCAUGUUUUCCGGCGAGCAAGAACCCGUCGUUAUCUAUGGUCCAACACAAAUGCAGGUCCUCGUCCCAUGCCGCAACUUGCGCCUACCCCCCGAAAUUGAUGUCGUCUUGAGACGCUUGGGUUCAACUGCAGCAGAGAAGGCCGCAAAGAAGGCCAGGAGGAGAGCCAUUCCCAGGACUGCCGACAAGAACCGUUUGGGGCGAGAUCACAAUGGUCAAAUCUCCAACGGAAAUCAGAAGACGGGUCCAGGGGGCACUCCUGCUGGCGUCGAUACUUUUGGAUAUGAUGAGAUGGGAAAUCGCUUUCUUAAGGAUAUGCGUUUCUUUGCCGGCGGGUUUAUGAACUACGGAGUUUCCCCGUAUGAUCAUCGCGUUUUUGCCGCGGCUAGCGAACGUAAUACCGUCAGAUUCAACCCGCGAGAACCGCGGCCUGUGCUCUUUCCCGGUCCGCAAGUACGCUUUGGAUCUCUGCCAGACACAGAUGAACGACAAUUCAGUGGAAAGAUUGGCGACAAGGUGAUAUCUUGCGACGAUAUCCGAGCAGAUAUAUUUGAAGGAAGGAAACGCAGAAUCGGAGAGUCCUUUCACCCUUCGACUACGUCGGCACGAAAAAUUCGUCGUGCGUACUACACACGAGCUCGCGUCGGACGUGGCGGCCGCGUGAUGCUCGAUCGAGUCGUUUUCCAGCGCGAACGUGGUGUGAAAGCAGCCAGUUAUCCUGCGUCUGUGGAAGGCGGUGGAGUGUACACGGCUGGUAUUCCGCUGGACGCUGCCUCGAGAACAUCGAGGGUGGUACGGCGAGGAGGGUUGGGGGAUAUUAUGACCCUUGGGGCUGGACUGGAUGAGGAAGAAGAUGUUUCCGACGCUGAUGAAUCUGAGAGUCUUGCGCUUGCGCGAAAGCUUAUUCCCUCUUUGAAGCCGAUCGUGCGAAUGAAUGCCGGAAUCGGGGUACAACCGGAUGCUGUCAACUAUUGGCCAAGGAGGCACAGGGGGAAAAUGCGAGGAGGGAAAACUCGAGGAGGGAAGAGAAGGAGGGGUCAAACCCGACAGGAAAGCGAGAGUCUGGGGACAUCGGAUGAUUGGGAACAACAUCUGAAAAGUUUACCAGCUUACGCUCCUCGAGAGACUCCCCUCGUGACCCAAGUGUGA